AAAAUAAAAAAAAAAAGAGGAAAAUAACAUUUAAUAACAAUGGCAACACACGAUUUCUCAAUCGAAUAUUUGGCAAAUUCAUUAAUUGUUAGACUUGAUAGAAGGAACAUAUUCCCUCCAUUACAUAACAACCCAGAAUUAUUUCUUUCAUCAGUUAGUUCUUUAAAUAAUUUAUCAUCGUAUAGACCAAAAAGACCUCCAAACGCAUUUUUAAUCUGUAGGAAAAAUGUUCAAGAAGAAUCAAAACGUAAAGGAACUUAUAAUAUGCGUAUAAUUAGCAAAGUAACCAGUAUUUUGUGGAAGAACGCAACUCGGGAAGAAAGAGAAGUUUACAAAAGAUUGGUUAAUAAUGUUUAUGAAAUUCAUCAUAAGAGAACUUGUAUAAUUUAUAAGAAAAUAGCUGAAAUCUCGAACUCUAAGAAAAAGCGAACAAGUUCCAACAAAUCACCCAUGCAAUCAACUUCCAAGAAAUCACCCAUGCAAUCAACUUCCAAGAAAACAUCCGUGCAAUCAACUUCCAACAAAGCAUCCAUGCAAUUAUUAUCAAAUACUACUUCUAUAGAAACAUCACGCCCUUCGCUUACACUUCCUUCAUUAAACGAUUCUAUUUUUAACUUCAAUUUAAUAGGUAAUGAUUUUCUUUUAAACAAUCAAUCAAAUAAUGAAGAUAAUCUUGUCUCUUACACGAAUUUUAAUGGACAAAUUCAUAAUUCCAAUCAAUAUGAUAAGCAAAACCAAACAUUGACAACAUAUAAUAACGAUAAUAUUAAUAAUAAUAAUAAUAAUUUAGUAACACCACAAAAUUAUUGUUUUUAAAUAUAUGAACAUAUGAAUUAUGAUAAGUUUAUUUUAUUUUAUUUUAUAAAAACCACAUAAGCUGAUAACUAUAACAGAUAAUA